GCCAACGAACAAUCAUAAACCUUUAGCAUCUUCUCUUUGCUGCUUUUACAACAAUGGAGGGGACUUGUUUCAACCAAAGUGUCAUGUUUGUUACCCUAUUAUUGCUAGCCACGGUUGCCAAUUUGGUGGAAGGGCAGGGGACUCGAGUCGGGUUUUACUUGAGCUCAUGUCCCCAAGUCGAGUCGAUCGUUACGUCAACGGUUCGAUCUCAUUUUAGGUCCGAUCCCACCGUCGCUGCCGGACUGCUCCGUAUGCAUUUCCACGACUGCUUCGUCCAAGGGUGCGACGGUUCGAUCCUUAUCGAUGGGGCUAAUACCGAGAAAACCGCCGGACCGAACCUAUUGUUGAGGGGAUACGAAGUCAUCGAUGAUGCCAAGACUCAGCUCGAAUCUAGAUGCCCUGGGGUUGUCUCGUGUGCCGAUAUUCUAGCUCUCGCGGCCCGUGAUUCCGUAGUUGUGACCGGUGGUGCUAGUUGGGCAGUGCCUACAGGGCGCCGAGAUGGAACGGUUUCACGGGCAUCGGACGCCGCCAAUUUGCCGGGCUUCCGUGAUACCGUUGAUGUACAAAAGCAAAAAUUUUUAGACAAGGGUCUCAACACUCAAGAUCUUGUCGCCCUUGUCGGAGGACACACAAUUGGAACCAGUGCCUGUCAAUUCUUCAGUUACAGGCUCUACAACUUCACCUCAACCGGACCUGAUCCUUCGAUCAAUCCCACAUUCGUCCCCCAGCUUCAAGCGCUUUGCCCUCAGAACGGUGACGGGUCACGAAGGAUUGGGCUCGACACCGGCAGUGCCAACAGAUUCGACAAUUCGUACUUUGCGAACUUGAGGGACGGCAGGGGAAUACUCGAAUCCGAUCAGAGAUUAUGGACCGACGAUUCCACCAGGACGGUCGUGCAACGUUUCUUGGGCGUCAGAGGCUUGACCUUCAACGUCGAAUUCGGAAGAUCCAUGGUGAAGAUGAGCAACGUCGAAGUGAAAACGGGAACUGCUGGUGAAAUCCGCAGAGUUUGCUCUAGAAUUAAUUAGCUGAAGCACAAUCAUAGAGCUAUAAGGUUAUUACACAGUAAAACUUUAAGUCUUGUCGUGUUUUCUCCCAAAACACAGAAUCAUUUAGGAUAAGAUUUGUCUUGUCUCUCGUUAAGUUGUAACUUUCUCAACUCUAUAAAGUGUUGAUUGUGC